AUGAAUAUACCGAUGAGAGAUCCAGUAAUCCCUGGGACAAGCAUGGCUUAUCAUCCUUUUUUACCGCACCGGGCACCGGACUUUGCCAUGAGCGCUGUGUUGGGACAUCAGCCUCCCUUCUUCCCGGCUCUGGCUUUGCCUCCCAACGGGGCGGCUGCUCUCUCCCUUCCCGGGGCUCUGGCUAAACCCAUCAUGGAUCAGUUAGUGGGGGCUGCAGAGACUGGUAUCCCCUUUUCUUCCCUGGGUCACCAGGCAGCAGCCCAUCUGAGGCCUUUAAAAACUCUGGAGCCAGAAGAAGAGGUGGAAGAUGAUCCAAAAGUGCAUCUGGAAGCCAAAGAGCUUUGGGAGCAAUUCCAUAAAAGAGGCACGGAGAUGGUGAUUACCAAAUCGGGAAGAAUGUUUCCUCCAUUUAAAGUGAGAUGCACUGGACUGGAUAAAAAGGCCAAAUACAUUUUAUUGAUGGAUAUUGUGGCGGCUGAUGAUUGUAGGUACAAAUUCCAUAAUUCCCGGUGGAUGGUAGCUGGGAAAGCUGACCCUGAAAUGCCAAAGAGAAUGUACAUCCACCCGGACAGCCCGGCCACCGGCGAACAAUGGAUGUCCAAAGUUGUCACCUUUCACAAGCUGAAGCUCACUAACAACAUCUCUGACAAGCACGGAUUUACCAUUUUAAACUCCAUGCACAAGUACCAGCCCCGGUUCCACAUCGUUCGAGCCAACGAUAUUCUCAAGCUUCCCUAUAGCACGUUCAGGACCUACGUUUUCCCGGAGACUGAAUUCAUCGCAGUGACCGCAUACCAGAAUGAUAAGAUCACUCAAUUAAAAAUUGACAACAAUCCCUUUGCCAAAGGUUUUCGGGACACCGGGAAUGGAAGGAGGGAAAAAAGGAAGCAGCUGACCCUGCAGUCCAUGCGGGUGUACGACGAGAGGCAGAAGAAGGAAAACCCCACCUCAGAUGAGUCCUCCAACGAGCAGACAGCCUUCAAGUGCUUCGCCCAGUCCUCCUGCCCUGCCGUGCCUGCUGUCGGCACCUCCAGCCUCAAAG